AUGUGACAAAGGGAAUUUAAAAUUCCGGAAGUGUUGACGAUUCCCUUAAUGCUAUGGUCUGAAAAUAAAAGAUGUUGAUGAAAAAGUGUGCAUUGGAAAGGAAUAUUAAAAAAGGAUAUUACAAGGAAUAUUAAAAAAUAAUAUUACAAAGAAUAUUAAAAAAUUAUAUUACAAAGGAUAUUAAAAAAGUAUUCUACAAAGGAUAUUAAAAAAGUAUUCUACAAAAGGAUAUUAAAAAAAGAUUCUAUAAAAAGAUAUUAAAAAAGGAUUCUAUAAUGAAAAUUAAAAAAAUGAUAUUACAAAGGAUAUUAAGAAAGGAUUCUACAAAGCAUAUUAAAAAUUAUUUUAUAAAAGAAUAUUAAAGAAAAAUACUACAAAGGAUAUUACAAAGGAUAUUAAAAAGGAUACUACAAAGGAUAUUAAAAAAUGAUUCAAGAAUCCGAGAGUAAAAAAAUGUGUCAAAAUAAUUCUGAUAACCAGGAGAUAACCAGGAAUUGAGUUGCAUGGGAAAUUCGUCAAAUUAAUUUUCGAAUUACAUGGAUUUUUAUUGCUCAACAUUAACGAUGCGCAGGAUGAGAUUGAAUUCUAUCAGUAAAGAAGCCGCUGGAACAAUCAUUACACAGAAGAUGAAUAAUUUUUACUUUUUAAACAAUUCCCUAUGUUUCUUUAUCGAAAAGUGGAAUAUUUUUCUAUCUUCCUUGAAGAAUUGGCCUUAUGUUCAAAUGUCAAUUACAAAUGUCCAUGGCAGGAAGCAGUAAUUGCUUUUUUGAAGAAAUACAGUUAACAUCGUAUUGGAAAAUUGACAGAUGCGAAGGAUGCGAAUAAACAGCAGGUUGGACACUCGUGGCCCAUAAAAAGAUUCAAAUCCACAUUCAAACAGAAGUUUCAACCAGAAAUUUUACAGCUGUUAUUUGGAAAGUAUUUCUUUAUUAUUCAUGAACUCGAGAGUGAGGAAAUGAGGCGUAAUUUUCAUUCCCUUUUUGAUAUUAAAGAAGAAGCUAAAACAAUCGUAACAUACGUAAAAGACGAACAAUUUUAUGAAUCGAUUUUAUACGAUUUUUGUUGAUUUUUCUUGUCAAAAUGUUGACAGAGUCUGCAAUUUCAACUGCUGGGACUGAAAAAUACAAAAAUGAAGAAAGAUUUCGUAUUUGGGAGAAAACUAAUAAGGAAGUUUACCGUGAGGAAGAAUUAGGAUUUAAUCUGUAAAUCAAAAUUGAUUCAGAAACCCGAGAGGGAAAAAAUAAGCAGAAUGGUUCUUACUUCCGGGAAAGCAGUUUAACAAUAAGGAAUUACGCAGGAAGUAAAUCGUUAAAAAGAUAUACGUCAAAAUCCAUAGCUCACGUCAGUUUUCUGCGACAGUUUCAAAACUAUGAGAGUAAUGAGGUCGUUCCAGGACAUUUCAGGAUCCUACUUAAGGUGGCAUCUGAAAAAAGAUCCAUUUCCAGACAAGGGCCUUGACUCCUUAUACUGUCAGCUUGCUUGAUAAAUCAACAGUUAUUAAAAUUUACGAAAGGAUUCGGAAAAAAUAUUUUCCUGUACAAUUCAAGUUCUUCUAAAAAAAAUCCAGUCUCUUCAACGCAGAUCUUCUUGCAACGAGGGAAAAUAAAACUGAGCCAUCUGAAAAAAGACUCAUCCUUAGAUACUUUGAACGAAGAGGGUCUUGUCAACUUUUGAACUUUUAGUUUGUUCGAUAGAUCAUCAGUUAUUAAAAUUUAUGAGAGCAUUCAGGAAAAAUAUAUUACUAUACGGUUCCAUUUCGUCUAAAAACAACAAUUUUCGUCUAUUCAACGAAUAUCUUGUCGUGCAACGAGAGGGAAUAAAACCGUGUCAUUUGAGAAAAGACGCAUCACCAGACUCUUUGAACGACAAGGGUCUUAUUUCUUUGUACUGUCAGCUUGCUCGAUAAAUCAUCAGUUACUAAAAUUUACGAAAGGAUUCAGAAAAAUAUUUUCCUGUACGAUUCCAGUUUCUUCUAAAAAAAUCCAGUUUCUUCAACGCAGAUCUUCUUGCAACGAGGAGAAAUAAAGAGUUGGUCUAAGGAAGGAAUCGUCUGAUUGAAAAGAGGAUGCAAUAGGGAUCUUCAAGCAAUUGGUCCAUCAGAGGCUGGAUUAGUCUGAUUGAAGAGAGGAUGCUGGGAUCUUCAGGAGUUGGAUUCUUCAGUUAGCCCAUCAGGGAGAGGAUUAGUCUGUUGGAGGAGAAGAUGCUGGGAUCUUCGGGAGUAUACCAUUCUUUAAGAGAAGAUGCGUUACCAUGGCAUCCAUCGACCAACCUGGGAUUUAUCGAAAAGGGAGCUUCAAGUAAAUUGUCCGCUGAAAGCGGGAAAAUAAGCGCAAUGACCAAAUGCAUCGAAUUUCUAGCUACCUUGAGUUCCUUUCUGUUGGUCUUAAUCACCCUUCCGUUUUCGCUCUGUUUCACAUUUAAAAUAGUCCAGGAAUACGAAAGAGCCGUGGUAUUUCGAAUGGGUCGUUUAAAAGGUGGUGCUCGCGGUCCAGGAAUGUUUUUUGUGCUUCCUUGUGUGGAUAACUGCAUCCUAGUGGAUUUAAGGACCGUGUCAUUUGAUGUUCCACCUCAAGAAGUACUUACUAAAGAUUCAGUAACCGUCAGCGUGGAUGCUGUCGUGUAUUACAGAAUAAAAGAACCCUUAAGUGCUGUCGUCAAAAUAGCAAACUACAGCCUCUCGACAAGAUUAUUGGCAGCCAGUACAUUACGCACUGUACUUGGAACGAGGAGUCUGGCUGAGAUUCUGGCCGAGCGAGAAACGAUUUCUCACACCAUGCAGACGUCCCUUGACGAAGCCACGGAUCCAUGGGGCGUCGAGGUCGAGAGAGUUGAGAUAAAAGACGUUCGACUUCCUGUACAACUUCAACGAGGAAUGGCCGCAGAGGCGGAAGCCGCCAGAGAAGCAAGAGCCAAAGUGAUUGCCGCUGAAGGAGAAAUGCGAGCUUCCCGUGCUCUAAAGGAAGCUAGUGAUGUCAUUUCCAUGAGUCCUGCUGCUCUACAGUUGAGAUAUCUACAAACUCUGAAUAAUAUCUCUGCAGAAAAGAACUCGACAAUCAUUUUUCCAUUUCCUCUGGACUGGCUCACUUCGUUUCUCAGUUUUAGACAAGAAUCGCAGUCGUAAUUUAUAUGAGAAAAAAAUAUGAAUUUCAAUUAAGAAGUAGACAAUUAAAAAAAGAGAGACAUUAUCCCAAAAAAAAUCCUCAAACAAUUCCAUUUU